AUGAGAGCUUUCUUGACACGCCCAAAACGGAAAGCAUCUCCAGAGCUGCGAUCACAAAACACGGAACCAGAAGAGUCAACCGAAGUCAAGUUGGCACUGUUGUCGUCUCUGCAUCCACAGCUCGAUCAAGAAUACUUGCUUGAUAUCUUACUGGCGCAUGAUGGAUCCGUCUGUGAAGCAUCAGCGUCACUUAAAGUCCAGGUCCCUGUGAAGAAGGGUCCCCGGGUCGUUGGAUACCAACAAUCCUUGAAACAAUAUACCUCCUCGACAAGUGACUCUAGUACACCUACUAAGAAGAAGCUCAAGUCUAAAGCGGGAAGUACUCUACAUCUUUACGACCCUGAGGACGUAGCUGAGCAUACCCCAUGCACUAUUAUCCAUAACUUCCUGCCUCCUGAAGAGGCCAACCUCUUACUGGAAGAGCUACUCGAAGAAUCAAAAACCUUCGAGAGAAUCACAUUUCAGCUAUUCGAAAAUGUAGUUGCUAGCCCUCACACAUCUAGCUUCUACGUUGAAAGUUAUGAUGAGAUUCAGCGUCAGAAAACAGAGUAUCACUACAAUGGUGGUCGGCUCACGGAUGUCCGGCGAAUCACACCUCAGCUUGUCAACGUGAAGCCAAAAGUACAAGAAGCUGUCAACGCUGAGAUUCAGAAACGAAUCAAGAUUCGGUAUCCUGGCGGCAAGAAGUUGAAAUAUCAAUCCCCGAACCCUUGGGUUCCAAACUCGGCCUUUGUCAAUGCCUAUAUAGGUCCGCAGCAGAACGUGGGCUGGCAUAGCGAUCAUCUGACAUACCUUGGUCCAAGAGCUGUCAUCGGAUCGAUUUCUUUGGGCGUUGCUCGCGAGUUUCGUGUCAGAAGAAUACUUCCCAAGGACAACGAUACCAGAACUACCGAGGACCAAGACGCAGAGGGUCAAAUAUCGAUUCACCUUCCCCACAACUCGCUGCUAGUAAUGCACGCUGAGAUGCAGGAAGAAUGGAAGCACAGCAUUGCACCAGCAUUAUCUAUCGAUCCGCAUCCUAUCUCAGGAACAACUCGUAUCAACAUCACGUACCGAGACUACCGCGCCAACAUGCACCCCAAGCUCACGCCCAGAUGCCAUUGUGGGCUACCGUGUGUGCUAAGGGUUGUGACGAAGAAGAAGGAUAAUUUUGGGAGAUACUUUUGGAUGUGCUAUGCUAAUUCUCCGGGGCAAGAGAAUUGUGGUUUCUUUCAGUGGGCGGAGUUUGAUGAUGAUGGGAAUCCUCUGUUUAAGAAGAAGUUGGGUAACGCGUAG